GUGAUGACGUCCUGCAACGUUGACGUUCACUUCAUCACAAGCUCCGUUCCGCUAAUUUUAAAUGUGUACAAAUUAAAUUCACCGCUCAUCGUCUGCUCCUCAACUCGAACCUGCACAUCAAGGGUCUGUGUGAUUUCCGCAGGGCAGGAGACAUGUGGAGGAGGUGAAAGGCGAGGAGUGCGGCAGUGAGACGGUGAAACCAUCCAAACCAAGAAUGUCUCUCAUGCUUUCCUCAAGUUUUUGUGAGAGUGACAGUGAAGCCAGCAACCCUGGCAGUGUUUACACAAUAGUAGAUUCAUCACAGAAGGACAUCCAGCGUGGGAACAACAAAGGGACUGCUGCCGCACAAACACAGAUGCCGAGCUCAAAGCCCAAGGCCAGGACGCUGGUUGCAUGCAGGCAGCUGCUUGAUGGAGACGAGGUGGCUUCUCUCAGCAACCAAUCUCCUCUGCCACUGCUAACACUAACGGGGACUCUGAGCGCUGACCCCAAAGGAAAAGCUUCACUUCAUGCAUCCAUCACUGCUGAAGCCUCCGUAUCAGCUGCCCAACAGGACAAAGCCGACACAUCAAGCAGAAAGCCUUCCAUUAUCAGCACAGAGGGGACAAGAAGUCAGUAUUACAAAGAGCUUUGCCUGCAGGUGGAGGAGAGGAAACAACAGCAGCAAAAGGAGAGAAGAAGAAACGCUGCUGAUGAUCAAAAGUUGUCCUCUUAUAUGCAGCACAUUGAGACCAUGCUGAACUCCACGUGGGGGAUGCCAGGAAGCGGGGCUCCAAACUACCACAGGGGCACAGCGAAAAGGACAAUGAGCCUCUACAGGGCCGGCAUUUUACCCCAAGAGCAGAUCCGCGAUAAAGUCCUCAGAGGGGUCCCCUUCCACCGCCUGUGAAAUGAAAGACCAACACAUCCCUCAACAGAGACGACGGAGAGAAACCACAGAGCAGCCAGGCAAAAUGUACUCUCUGACUUUUCUCUUCACAUACAGAACCUUUUGUUUUUGUUGUUGCCAUCAUGUUAUUUGGGCUUUCUUAGCAGCAAAUUCUGAUGGUUACAGAUCACUGCAGAAUAAAUCAAACCAAUAAGAACAAAAACAUCAAGAGUGUGAACAUUUUGAUUACAGAGCCAUGGGUUUGCCUAAUGUACAGGUGCCUUCAAGGGACAUAUUUUCCUCUUUCCAUACAGAGAAUGGACUCAUGGCCUUCAU